AAGGCGCGUCUAGAAAAACAAAAACCCACGUAAAACACAGGAUCUUCACAUCGGUAUAUAAAGCACACUUGACCACCUUAAACCAGUCUCAAACCCUAGCGCGUGUUGUUUCAACUCACACUUCAUCAGCAGCAGAGCACGAGCGAACAGACUUCAGAUCGAUUACUGCCAUCUAAAUCCUUGUUAGAUUCUAGCUUCCCAACAUCUUCUAAACCCUAAUUUCUUAUCUUUUUUUUAAUUAUUAUCCAAAAUUUUCAUUUUCCCCCUUUUGUUCCAGAUUAGGGUUUCUUCAAACCCUCUGUAAACCCUAAUUAUGUCAGAUGUGAAGGCGUUUAACCCCCAGAUCUGAUUUUAGAGCUCAAUUUUUUGAAAUUCUAGGGGUUCAAUUUUAGGGUUUGUGUUUCUAGGGCUUGAAUUUUGGGGGUUUAUCGUAGUUUCAAAAUUGAAACCCUAGAUUUGGUGUACGGGUUCGAUUUCUUUUGGGGAAUUUGGAAUUUGUGUUUUGGUUGUUAGAAAAGGUUUCUAAUUUUGGUGAAUUAGAGGAAAUUUGGUUCUAGGGUUUCGUUUAAAGUUGUGAUUUUUUAUUAUUGUUAUUCUGGUGAGGGUGUUUUGUAUAUGUAUGGCUUCUGGGUUGUUAUUAGAUGCGGAUAGAAUAAGCAAAGGGAAGAGUAAGUGGGGAGAGGGUAAUAAGGUUUACACAAGAAGGUUUAAAAGAAUCUCCGGUGCCUCUUCGACCCCGUCUGCCACCCUCACCGCUGAGGUUGUCUCUCUACCAGUUACCAAGUUGGGCGAACCUACGACCCCGAAUAACGAUCAAACUGUAGGUACGGAACAUGCUAAUUCGGAAAUUCAACAGGUGUCGGCUGUCGUAGAGCCGUCGAAUGAGCAACUGGUUGAGAGUCGGGAGGUUACUAGAAACGGGGUGGUGAAACCAGUUGUUGUGGUGGUGGAUGGUUUGGUUAAGAUUAAUUUGAAAGGUGCGAAUAAGGAUGAAAUUGUUGAGCUAAUGGGGACGAUGAAAGCUGAGCUUGAAAACGUUCGGCGUGUAGCUCAAAAGCUUGAAGAUAAAGAAGCCGAGCUAACGGCGUCUUUAAACGUUGGUGUUGGAGGUGAUGGUGAUGGUGAGGCUUAUAAUCAUUCGCAAUAUUUGGGCGAUGACAUGGUUGAUAGGAGAGCUUUGUUUAGAGUUAAUUCGGAAGUGGGCUCGGUUUCAAAUGGCGUUAUAAGGCCUUUCCGGCAGUUAAGUGUGUCUGUUGGGAAUAACAACCAUGGAGUUGGUGAGUUCAUGGAGAAAGAGAAGCGAACACCGAAGGCUAACCCGUACUAUCAAAGCUCGGAGUUUCUUCUUGGGAAAGACAGAUUACCAUCGGAAAGCAAUAAGAGGCAUAAGUCCAACAGUGGAAGGAAGCAUAGCAAGGAAUCAGAUCGUGUCUGGAAUCGAACGUUCAAGAGUUGCAACAAUUUGUUGCAGAGAUUAAUGAAGCAUAAAUUCGGUUGGGUGUUUAACGAGCCGGUUAACGCGAAGAUGUUAGGGCUUCAUGAUUACCAUGACAUCAUUAAACACCCAAUGGACUUGGGAACAGUUAAGAGUCGUCUUGCACAGAACUUCUACAAGUCUCCCAUGGAGUUCGCAGAUGACGUCAGGCUCACGUUCCGUAACGCCAUGACGUAUAAUCCAAAAGGACAAGAUGUACACUUGAUGGCAGAGCAGUUGUUGAAUCUUUUUGAAGAAAGGUGGGCUGUCAUCGAAUCUGAAUUUAAUCCGACUUCGAGAUACGCAAUGAUUUACGAUCCGAGCACUCCUACUCCCACCUCAAGAAAGGCUCCUCACUUUGCACAUGCUCCUUUAAUGCUGCAAAGAUCGGAAUCGGUGAGCGUGCCUGUGGUGAAUAGGUCUAUAUCUGCGCCAACGGGUAGGACACCUGUACCGAAGAAACCUAAAGCUAAGGAUCCAAAUAAGAGGAACAUGACGUAUGAAGAGAAGCAAAAACUAAGUACAAAUCUACAGAGUUUACCUUCGGAAAAGCUUGACAAUAUUAUCCAGAUUAUCAAAAAGAACACAUCGGUCUCACAACAUGAUGACGAGAUUGAAGUUGAUAUUGAUAGUGUUGAUAUAGAAACUCUUUGGGAGCUCGAUCGGUUUGUUACUAAUUAUAGAAAGAAUUUGAGCAAGCAUAAAAGGAAAGCUGCACUUGCUCAACAAGCAAGGGCAGAAGCUCAUGAUGUCAAUCAGACCAUGAAUCCAUCAAAAUCAAAUCCAGAUGAUCCAAAAGAAGAUAAAAUAACAGAGGAGAAUACUAUUGCUGGUAGACCCGUUGAUCAAGGUGAGAGGGGAGGAGAUAAUGCCACUAGUUCAAGCAGCUCUAGCAGUGAUUCUGGAUCCUCUUCAAGUGAUUCAGAUAGUGACAGUUCAUCUGAAGAUGGGUCAGAUGCAGGUCAGUCGCCUAGAAGUUGAACGGCAUGGAUUAAGCCAUUAAGUUGCAGAUUUUAACAACAGAAGCCCACCUAACAAAACAUGAUUCUGCUAUGCAUAUGAUGCUGUGUGCAUGGCCGAUCCGUAUGAUCAAGUGGUUACAAACAGAAAGCUCUAAGAAACAUAUUUUGAGUUGGUCAUGUUGAUAACUAAAGAAAGAUUGUGGUAUUUUUUUUUUUUUUUUAUAAAGUAGGGUUUAUGCUAUGGAUUGAGUCGCAAAUGUGUAUGUUUAGGAGCAAAAUCUAGUAGGGAUUUUGAAUGGGUUAGACAACAAGUGUAUUUGUUGUAAGUUAACUGAAUCUUGGUAGCGUUUAGCCUUGUAUAGUUGCCCCGUGGUGUUUUUCUAGUUGGUUAACGGAUGUACUUUUGUAGUUC